AUGCUUUCCAACGACGAAGCUCCGCCGCGAGAGGACUCAACUUUGAUUUGCCGCACUUGUGGAUCGAGUUACGACCGAGCUACGAAAGCAACCUCCUCCUCCUCCUCAGCGUCUCCAUCAUCAUCAUCAUCAUCAUCACCGCCUCAAGACCCCACCACCGUACUCCCCCAAGCCCCCUCCCACGAACUUAGCCAACCGCAACGCUCCCUCCUCCCAAUUCAAACUCCAACUCCAACUCCAACUCAACUCCUUGAUUCCCUAAAGCAGCUCAUCGAAACUUACCAAGCCCUCAACUCACGCACCCUCACCGAAUUAAGCACUUUUCCUGAUGCGUUGGAAUUCAGUCGAGAUUUCGUGGGGGUGAGUAGACCUGUGGUGAUUAGGGCCGGUUUGAAGGGAAGGGGAGGGAAGGUGGACUCCUCGUCGGAAGGGCUAGUAGGGAGGGAAGGGGAAGUGGUGAGGGCUUUGAGGGAGUGGGAUAGAGAUUAUUUGGUGCGCAAGAUGGGGGACAGGAAAGUGGUGGUCGCUGUUAGUCCUGAUGGGUACGUAGUUUAACAAGGAACCAAAUCGGAUUUCGUUUCGGGUUUUCGUUUCGUUUUUUUUUGGGUCGCUAAGUUGGCAAAAAUUUACUCGGACCUUCAAUGCGUUGUUGCGCGUACAGGAAAGCGGAUUCGAUCGUUCGGGACCCGAAGAAUGGGAAGCAAUAUUUCGUCGAACCGGCCUGUGAGUCGAAUACCUCUACUACUCUACGCACGCAUCCCCUGCCGCCUCGUGAUACCAAAAGGGUUAGCAAAACUGAAAUCCUCUUUUUGUUUUUUUCCCUCCACCGCCGCGCGGCGCGGGGUCCGCAAGCCGUCCAAAUGAAUCUCGCGAGCCUCUUUGACCACCUCAACACCCCUACGAAUCCCGAAUCCGAAUUCCCCACCCCCGUUUAUUACCUCCAAUCCCAGAACGGUAACUUGCAACCGAACCAAGAUCUAGAACUUUUGUUGGAGGACGUAGGGGAGGAAGGUCCCGAAUGGGCUAGGCAAUCGUUCGGUACGUUUUUUUUUUGUUUGUUCAAAGUUCGGUUCGCAGGGUUCGCUGAACGGUUGACUGAGCUAUUUUUUGUACGGAUUCAUUUCUUUUUUUUUUGAUAGGUACGGAUCCGGACGCGGUGAAUGUUUGGAUAGGGGACGAAAGGAGUGAAACUUGCGUUCAUAAAGGUUCGUCACACACCAAUCCCAUUACAAGUUAUGAAUACUCACAACCCCCCCCCCCCCCCCCCCCCCCCCCCCCCCCAACUAAACUCUUCUUAAGACCCUUACGAGAACAUUUACCUCGUCAUACGAGGGACUAAAUUUUUUACGCUUUACCCACCGACCGAAUUCGCGUGUUUGGGGGAGAGGACUUUCCCGCAUGCGAGGUGGGUGCUUGAUGAGCCAAAGCAGGAAUUCGGGAUCGUGCCCACGGAAGGAGUGCGGAUCCCAUGGUUGGGUGGGGGAAAGGUCAAGAGGGGGAGUAUAAAAGCGGAGGAGUCGACCGGUAUGGAAGAGCUCUUUCACUCCGACUCUGACGCUUCCCAUCUCGAUGGAAGGUCACUUCUUUCGGGAAUCGAAGACUUAUCCCGUCCGCUCACCGUCGUCCUCAACGAAGGUGAUUAUCUCUACCUCCCUAGUCUCUGGUUUCAUGCUGUACGGCAGGAGGGGGUGAAGAAGCGCGACGACGUCGUUCAGAGGAAAGAUGGGGAGGAGGAGGAUAGAGUGGUGAUCGCUGUGAAUUGGUGGUACGAUAUGAAGAUGCAUGGCGCGGGGUGGAGUAUGAACGAGUUCCUCAGGGCCGUAUCGAGGAUCGCUGUUGGGGACCAGAGGGAAGAGGAGAGGUCGAGUGUAGGGGCCAGUAGUACAGAUGGGGAGGCAUGA